AUGAAAACUCUUAACUGCGCGAAUUUGUCUGAAACUUUGGUUUAGACAUUAUAUAACGAUUCUCAAAAUCAAUUAUAUGGGCUUGUAGAGACUAAAAACAACUAUUAUUGCAAUAUAUCAAAUUAAUUAUUAAGACUUUUCACUUUUUCUGAUUUUGAAUAAACUUUAUUAAAUCCAUUAUAUUAGGCAGAAAUAGGAACAACAGAAGGCAGUGUUAACUAGGUCUUUUUACCUGCUUGUUAUGCUUAUUCAAUAUUAAGGAUAUUUAUGGUGAUUUCGGUAGCAUUUUAUGUUAGACAGAAAAUGAAAGAAAUUUUUGCUUAGUCUGAAAAAAAGUUCACAGAAGAAAAGUAAUAUGAGCUUGAUUGUUAUAAGUGGACUAUUGCUAUAUCAUUGUAUGUAGAGAUAAUUUGUGCUCUAGUAAUAUAUAAAUUAUAGUUUAGAGAGAUUUUUUAUUGUUUAAGGGUACAAUUUUAUAUUCAAAUAUUAUGAAUUAAGGACAAAUAAAUUGUUAUAUUGAUAUUUAUGGGGGCGGAAAUAUGACUUGUAGUAAUUCUAGUCCAUUUAACUAAACUUGGAGACAGUUUAAUUACAAAAGAGAUUUAUGCAAUUGCCUUUAUACUGAUCCAUUAUCACAAACUGCUUAUAUGUAAUUUUCAAUAAUUUUUUGGAUUGUAACAGAAUCGAUAACUUAAGGAUUAGUAGGAUUUACAGUUCUUAUUUUAAGUAGAUUAAAUAAAAAAGAAUCAUCAGGAUGGAAUUUCAUUAAACCUAGUUUUAUUCGAAUCAUAUGUGUAACAAUCCUAAUGAUGGCUUUAUAUUGCAUACUCAUUUUUGUUUGCAAUAUGCAGAUUUACUAUAGAUUUUAUAAUCUAAGUGUAGUUAGUUAUUAUCUCUUAUAAAAAUGCAUUAUGUUUUUGGUAAUUUUUGAUAAACUUUACAGUAAAGUUUGGUUGGAAUUAAAAUUAAGAUUGCCGACAUUGCAUUCAAGUGGUAUUGCAUGGUCAAAAACAAUGAAUAUGUUAAAGAGAAGGAUAUAAAAACCAGUAGAACCAUCAGAAUAAAUAAAAGAGAAAUAUCAGGAAAAAUAUAGAUAACAAUAUGAAAUAACAUUAGAAAAAUAUUUUGAUGAUGCUAUUUAACCAAAUUUAGAUAGAUAUGAAAGGGAAUAUAAUGCAAAAAUGAAAACUUAAUGGUAUGAUUAUUUAAAUUACAUUUUAUUAAUUAAUCUAAUAGGAAUAAUUGGAUAUAUUUUUAUAGCUUUAUUCGGCUUAUUUUAGCCAACUAAUACUGAUAGUUCAAAUUAACAUUAUUUUUUAUUUUGGAUAGGUUUCAUCUUAGCUUUAGUGGAGUUGAUUGUUUUUGAAGUAUCAAAUGUAGUAUUUUAAUUGCAUUGCUUUUUAAUUGAACUUUAUAAAUAAUGCGAAGAAGAAUGCAGUGCAUUAGAUACAAAUACAAUUUAAUAAGAAAGUGGACUGAAUACAUUAUCUAAUUGA